AUGCGUCUCAGCUUGUUCUUCCUCAUUCUUCUGGCAACCUAUGCCAGUCAAAUAUGCGCUAACCGAUCGAAACACUGGGCUGUGCUCGUGGCCGGUUCCAACGGUUGGGAUAAUUACCGGCAUCAAUCUGACGUUGCUCAUGCGUAUCAACUGGUGCGUAAAAAUGGAAUUCCGCCACAGAACAUAAUCACCAUGAUGUACGAUGAUAUAGCCCGUCAUCCUAAUAAUCCAUUCCGGGGGAAAUUGUUCCAGGACUACACACACCAAGAUGUUUAUGCAGGUAUCAAUAUCGAUUACAGAGGUGCGGAGGUCACAGUGAGCAAUUUCCUCAGAAUAUUGAAGGGUGAUGCUGCAUUGAAAGCAGCCGGAAAGAAAGUGCUCGAAUCGUAA